UGAUAGUGGUGUAGAGUGUGUUUGCUUUUUCUUUUUUAAAUUCACCCGAGGUAGAGAAAGACGAAAAGGCGUCAUUAUGCCAGCAUUGUAGGCCAUAUGUGCAAACAUUGUAUGGAUAUUAUUAAACAGAUGCAGUUCUAAUUUUCAUAUAUGCUUCGAAAUGUCUCAUUUAUGUAAGCAUAGAUUUUUUCGAACAACAUGGCACCUGAAUACUAUUGAACGGACGUGACAUAAUUCGUGAAAUUUACUCUGUACGUGAUGGCGACCGUGAUGAAGCGACAGCACUCUCGUCGCCGGUUAGCUGCUUUAACGUUUUUAUCAAACAUAUCACUUGAUGGGACACACAGAGAUACUAAACUUGGAAUUUUCAAUCGCAAUUCACAGGCACACGAAAUUAGCAAUAAAAGCGAGUUAAACACACGAUCAAAACAAAUACUAAAAAAUGUAAACAGUUCAAUUUCACCGGUUAGUAACGUCAGUGAAGCUGGCUGUCAAGUUACCAUGGAAGGUCAAGAUUAUAACCAGGGGAACAAAGAUGCAGCAGCGGAUCAACAGGGCUGUGAGUCAUUUAAAGACAACGAAAAACUUAUUACCGCUCUGUCUUUUUCAGCUUCAAGCGUUAAUACAAGCCACAGCCCAAAGGAAAAUGAAAAGGUUUCGGGUAUAAUUGUUGAAACACGAGCCAGAAUUGCUUCAUUCAGUCAGCGCAAGAAACAGCUUGUUCAUCAGACCUCUUUGCAGGAGCAGCAUAAACUUGCAACAAGUGAAAGCUCAGAAAGUAUAGGGAUCUUUUCAGGUGCAAGCAUUAGCCACAGCCGGAAGACUUCUACUAGUUUAUCUGAUUCCUCUGGCUCUGGUGUGGAAGUUAGUUACCUAAAGAAUCCCAAAGGACAGCACAUAAAAGAUGAAAGGGUUGUCCUGGUUUCUUCACAAAAAGCUCCUAUUGUUGUAUUUUCAUCUUUACCAUACAGUCGUCGAACUAGUCAUGGAAUCACCCGAGGAGAUUCAAAGCAGGAUGGUGGCAGAAAACGGCAGAUAUCAGGAACUCGGCAGCUGUCAGUUAUUACUGAUAGUCCUGAACAAAUAGACUUGCUUAGUUUAAUGGGCUUUGAAAAACCAGAAGAUGGGCAGGAUAUUUCAUUUAGUCAACUGCUAACACCAUCUCACUACUACCUACAGCGUCGAUGUAAGUCUCAAGAUGCUGAUCAUACUGGACAUUCAAACUUUCAGUUUCACUUUAAUAGAUGUCACUCUUAUGAUCCUGUUUUAGUUACAGGAGCUCGUCAACAUCCUCAUCCACACCUGUCAUCUACACCUCCAGGAGUUGUAUUACAUGUAGAUAAAGUUUUUGACUGGGAAGACAGUCAAGGACUUGAUUACCACUCCACUCAUUCCAAGAUGACAUAUCAUCCUAAUCUUAUUGAUGAUCCGGAACUUGUCACUGGGAAACACAGUACUGUGUUGACGUUUCCUUCAUACAUUACAUCUGUAAUUGAUUAUGUUAAGCCAUCUGACCUGAAAAAGGAGUUGAAUGAAAAAUUUCGUGAACGAUUUCCACUGAUUCAAUUGACAUUAAGCAAACUUAGGAGUCUGAAACGAGAGAUGUGCAAGAUAGCUCGACAAGAGGUAGGAUAUAUAUUCAAAUUUCCUUUUUUUUCAUUAUUUUCUGAAAAAAUUGUCCAAGUUACUUUAGUUUUUAACAAAGUGGAUAAUGUUAAG